AUGAUGCACCGCGCUCAGACUGUUCACCCAGACCCCAGGGUCCAGCAGCUACGGGAGGACCUGAGGAGGGACCAGGAGCGAUGGAUGCAGCUGGACAGGGGCAGAGAGGAGCUCUGGCUGAUGCUUGAGGCACAGACGCUGCAGGACUGGAGAUGCCUGCAACAGCAGAAGGAGGUCCAGCACCUGUCCAAGCUCGCUGACCACCUCAAAGCCCAGCUCCAGGAGAGGAUACGCCAACAGGAGGAGCAGAUAGUCAGAGAGAAGAUGAGGAGGAAGGAGACAGAGCAGGAGGCCCAGCGACGCAGGGAGGAGGUGGCCAGGAGGGCAAGGGCAGAGCGGACUCAGCUCUCGAUCGACCAGGAGAGGAGGCAGGAGCAGAUGAGAGAGCAGAUAAGGAGGUGUGAGGUGCAGCGUAGAGCUCUGCAGAAGGAGAGAGAGGACAGGUGGAGGAAGGCCAAAAAGAGAGAGACGGAGGAGAGAAGGAGAGAUGAAGAAAUGGAGAGAUCGAGACAGGAGGUAAGGAUGAGAGAGAUGGCCAUGGAAAAGCUGAGAGAGGUUGAAGAGAAGGUGAGAGAGGAGGAGAGAAGGAGGAGAGAGACUGAAGAGAAAGUGAAAGAGGAGGAAAGAAAAAAGAGAGUGAUUGAAGAGAAGGCAAGAGAGCAAGAGAGAGUGAUGAAUGAGAUGAAAGAAAGAGCUAAAGAACAAGAAAGACAGAAAAAAGUAGCAGAAGAGGAGGAAUUAAAAAAAGAAAGAGAAAGAGAGGAAUUAAAGAAAGCAGUCGGAGAUAUGGCCAGGAAGUGGUCAGACUCUGAUGAGAUUGACACUGAGAGCGAGACGGACUCAGAUGACCCCUGGAUGGACGAGGAGGAGAAGGAGAUGAUUCUGGAGGAAGAGAGGAGGUAUCAGGAAGAGAUAGAGAGAGAACAGGCCCUGAUGGAAGAAGAGAGAAAGAGAGAUGAAGAAAUGGAGAGAUUGAGAGAGGACACAAAGAGGAGAGAGAUGGAGGUAAAGAAAGAGGAGGAGAGAAAGAAGAGAGACAUUGAAGAAAAGGCAAGAGAGCAAGAGAGAGUGAUGAAUGAGAUGGAGGAGGAAGAGGAGGAAUUAAGACAAGAAAGAGAAGAGUUAGAGGAAACAGCCACAGAUAUGAUCAGGAAGAUGUCAGUGUUCGACGAGAUUGACUCUGAGAGCGAGACGGACUCAGAUGACCCCUGGAUGGACGAAGAGGAGAAGGAGGUGAUUCUGGAAGCAGAGAGUAGGCAUCAGGAAGAGAAGGAGGGAGAACAGGCCCUGCUGAUGGAGCUGGAGGACAGCAAAGAGACACUGAUGGAAGAGGAGAGAAAGAGAUACCCUCAGUCAGUAGAAGACCAGUGUUGUGUUCUGUAA